AGUUCGUCCAGCAUGUUCAUUCUUGUAUCGAAGAUAUUAUUGCUCAAGAUAAUUCUUUUCAUCGAUUCGCGUUCUAUUAAAACAGUUAUCUUUACUUAGAAUUUUAUUGUCAGAAAUAGAGUUUAAUUGCGAUGCAAUGCAUCCCAGGGUGUGUGAGAAUGUGAGCCUGCUCAGUUGAAUAAACAUGAUGGGGACGAGAUACGCAUCAUAUAGUCUAAAGCUUGCUAGUCUACAUGACGCUUAUCAACGAUUACUUUAUGGAACUCAGCCGAUACCUUCUGGUUUUGACGUCGCAAAUAUAUUGAAAUAUUUUUCUCAAACCUUGCUAUGCCUGUUAAAAGAAUCAUCUGUUUCGCCGUUCGAUAUGAUCAAAUUGCAACAGCUCGAUGGAGAACGAAUGGCUUUGUUCCCAAAUUUGGAUUACAAGCAGCUUUAUAAUGCGUUGACGCAGAUGAUCGACGUUACACCGUUGAUCCAUGUUGGCUUGCCAGCAUUCGGGAAAGCCUUGCUACAAUGUCUAGCGUGCAUGCUGUUAUUCUUGGAUCACGAUCUAAUCGACAAUUUAUCGUAUUUAACUGCCAGUACGAUAUCAGUACUUCCCGUGGAGCUGCAUGAAGAAAUUGUCAAUUAUCUCUGUUUUUACAUUUUACCGUUUGCCAUCACAAGGAAACCUGAAAUUGGAGACGAAAGUGCCGCUAGUCAAUCAGUGGCCGCUGUUAUAAUGAUGGUGUUUCAGUAUUCCAAUAAUCCAGCGCAUCAUUGUCAAUUGCUGGAGUGUUUAAUGGCUCUAAAGCCAGGAGUAGUGAAAGACAUUCUUUGCGUUAUCGCUUACGGCACUGCAUCAGCAAGAGCAUCAGCUGCAAAAUUACUGUUUUACUACUGGCCUUCAUUUAAUCCAAAUUUAUUCGAUCGCCGUGCAGUGUUAGUAAAAUUUGCUAAUGAUUUCACCCCAUUCGUAUGUCAACGAGAUAGCUGUCCGAAUGCCGGCAAUGCGGAAGCUGCAAAAGUCUGUUACAAUCAUGACAUUUCCAUCACAUACGCUGUUGAAUCUCCGCCUCCUCUUUAUCUCUGCAUCGAAUGCGCGAAUGAGAUUCAUCGAGAACAUCCAAAUCAAAUGUUUUACGACAUUUUGCAUCCAAUGCAACAGGUGUCCAUGGUUUGCGAAAACAAGAACUGUAGAGGGAAGGAUAAAUCAGCUAUCAGUGUUUGCUUUUCGACAGAAUGCGCAAGUUACAAUGGAAAUCAUCCUAUACGAUAUUGUCAACAAUGUCAUAGUAUUCGUCAUAACAAUCGUCGUGGCGGUGAUCACGUUUAUCACAUGGCGCUUCCGCACAUUUCGCAGCUGGAGCCGCAAGCGCAAACUUAUAUGGUUCAAGCGAUUGUCAGUUUGCUCAGAGAAGCUGAACCGAUAAGUAUCGAUAGCAAUCGGGACACGACAGAUAUAAAUGCUAGUACUAGCAAUAAGGGUGGCAUAGGAUUCGUAGGAAGUAGCAGUGGCGCAAGUAGCGGUGCUGGCGGUAUCGGGAGUACGUUCGGUCAUUGCGACCCUACGAGCUUAGAGGAACGACAGCUCCUCGGCAGAUAUGGCGUAUGGCUGCUAGUGGGACUUUGUACCCCUAACGAAGAUACCCCGGUUGAAAUACUGGGCCGUUUAUUAUCAAUGUUAUUUCAUUGGUUUCAUGUCACUGCCUACUGUUUCGAUGGGCAGGCAGAAAGCGCGCUUGAAAAGUUAAAAACAGAGUACGUUUGCGACUGGCUCUCAGAAGUUAUGAAAACGCACUAUGAAGUAUUCAUUUCCUGUCUUUUACCACAUCCUGCGGACUACGUCAGGGUCGGAGGUCAUUGGGAAACCUUGGCUUCUCGGACAUCGCAUUUAAAAGACGGUUUGCAUCGGCUGUUUUGUCUGGUACCGUACGAAGUGAUAACGCCUGACGUAUGGGAUUACGUGAUGCCGCAUUGGAUGGAAGCAGUGGUAAAUGACGUUCCAGAAAAUGAACUUCAGGAGUUAAAGAUAAUAUUGAGCAAAAUUUUGGACCGGGACAUGAAUUCUUUAGGAUUUGACAUAAAGAAAAUGUAUAACUUUAUAGCAAAACGGUUCGUCAAUACGAGCGCUAAAGUACAAGAACAGGCUCUUCACUGGUUGCAAACACUUACUAUGCUGGAAAUAACAUUACCCUUGGAUCAACUAUUUUCAAUAUUUAGCAACGGAGUAGCUGUUAUGCAAUCAAUGAGCUUGGCAGAGUCAGAAUUAAAGCCAAGCAAGUCUACGAAAGAAGAUGAUGUAAACAUUACAUGUCCCAUAGUGGAAAAUGAUUCGGGGAAAUCGACACCACUUUCCGAUGAUGUAGUGCCAACACCAAGACAUAUAGAAUUUUUGACGAAUGCGGAACUUAAUUUAUCUUGUUGUAUUCUCAUGCUUGAUAUAUUAUUGAAACAAAUGGAACUUCAAAAUGUAGACAAGCAUACUGGAAUUAAUACACGAGUUUGUCGAGAUGCUUGCCGUUUAAUGAAAUCCAUAAUUGCAUCCAAUUGGAACAACUCUCACGUCUGCGAUAAUACUUCAGACAUCGAAUGUUCUUAUUGUGAGUCAAGGGUAAUCUGGCACCAACUAUGUCUACAAUUGAUUACUUACAUGGCAUCAGAAAAUCCGGCAUAUCCUCCCGACACAAUUGUGGAUGAAAAUGCGGACGAUAAUGCUCGUAAAAGUUCCCCAGAAACAACAAAGAAGGGUGAUUCGAAACCGGAUGUGGUCAUCAACAUGCCCAUACCAGAAAUGCAUUCUGUCGGCGGAGUCUUAGUUCAUAUGCCACACUUCUUCGAACAGAUUAUGACAGCGACAGUAGAGACAGUUUCGGAACAGCUGGACCUCGCAGCUAUCAUGCCAACGGAGAAGAUUAUGUCCGCCGUUGCGAGAACGGUUACACUGUCAGAAACAGACGUCGCUACCGCAACAGUGAGCGUGGCAAAACCACAUCUGAUAGGUGAAAACGAUGAACCCGUGAGUUUAAGUCCAGAAGCUGAUUCGGAUGACUUUUGGCAUACCUCCGUAGGAAAGUUUCGUUUUACGAUAGAAGAAUUACCAGAACAACUUCAAUAUAUUCAUAAAUUACUAAAGGAAAUAAUGACCAUCGACAAACCGGACAUUCUUUACUACAUGCUGCAGUGCUUAAAUGUAAUGUGCUUGUAUGGUGACGCGUUUAAUACUGCAGUGAAGGAUCAUCAAGGAUUCUUUAUAUGGUGCCAAGAGAAUUUAUUAAUAAAAAAUUUAUGGGAACUCUUAAACGCAGAACAUUCGCAUAUAGCACAAGUGACCGUUCCGUUAUUAUUGCAUUGUGUAACAUUACCCUGCGGCACCGACACUUUCUGGCGGCUGGUACAAGAAGAAUUUCACAAUUCUGAUUGGCGCGUUAGAUUCGUCGCGGUCGAACGCGUUACAUUAAUUGCAAGAUUUAUGGAUUCAACGCCAUUGCGGAACAUAUUAAGUCUUCAAGCUGCAUUAGCAAAUGCGUUCUGUUAUUUAAUAACAAGUAUGGAUGACAAUAAUGUGUAUGUUGCGCAACGUGCUACCUUGUAUCUUGGUACUAUUCACGAUACAGCAAUUAGGUCGUUAAUUUUAUGCCUGGAAACACAAUUUGAUUCCGUAAUAGUAGACCGGCCAAUGGUAUUGCAAUCGCUUUAUCAGCUACACAAUAGUCUUAGCGAUCGACGUAUCUUAACGUGGGAAUUUUUCUUGAAUCGAUUUGAUACGUUAUUUCUCGAGGCUCAAAUCAACUUGGAGAAGUCGGGGGAUGUGACUUAUUUGCGCGAUUUAAAAAAUACGGAUAUGAAUAGCGAAAUAUUUAUGAAGAAAUUACAUCGCGCACAUGAAGCGUUAUCUCAGUCUGACGGUAGUGGAACAAGUUCCGUAAAGACACUGAGUGCGAGUUUUGGCACAAAAUGGCCUUACAAGCGUACGAUGUCCGCACCCGCGUCGAUGAUACCUCGACAAGAUACUAAGCAAGAAAAGGAAAAGGUGUACAGCCGACAGUAUUCUGCGCCGAUCUUGAAAAGGAAGAGCUCGAGAUUCGGAUUGGAUGGUCACAUACAUUCAUUGAACAUGGUCGACGAAGCUAGUACGUUGCCAGGAUAUACUCAUAAAAUCGUGGAUCUUGAAGAAGCAGAUAAAGAAACUAUGCAUUUACUAGUCUUUCUCUUAAUGCAAUUUCUAUCGAGACAGGAUCAGGCCUAUCCGACGGAUGAAAAACCAAUGUCGAAAACGCAGGGUAUAGUCUUGCGGCACUUAUAUCUUCUGUUGGGAUACAAUCAGACUGAGCGCACUUUCCAUACCACUCCGCAACGUUUAAGGUUGUCGCCAGCGUUUAACGUCUUUAUUGCUAAUUUGCCACAACUAUUAGACCAGAAUCAUGUAAUGGGCUGGUUGAUGACGCCAUCAGUUUUGGCGAUAUUACAAUAUUGCCCUUGCCCUCCGCAAUCUACACCUCCAACUGAUCAUCAACCACCGAACUACAGUCUUUGGUAUUUAGAACCACACAUCAGGCGAUCUUGGUUGAUGUCUUUACUUGUUAUUUUAUACAAGUGUCAAUAUGGGCAACAGCCAUGGUGUAAUCAGCUUCAAGCAUUAGUGAAGAUAGUUUUGAAUACGCUUAAUACUCAGCAUCAUCAGUGUAGAAGAAUACCAGCGACUAUAGUUAUGGGUGCACCGCCUUCGAGAUCUCGUGAUGUGUCUCAACCCUCGCUCGGAAUAGAACAUGAAUUGACAACAAACACGAUAGGAGAAAUAGAUACGGAAACUCCACCGAUGCGUGCACCAAUCUCGGUGCAUCAACGCAGUCCUGGAGGAAUGCACGGGCAAAUGGAAACUCAUUGGGAAGAGAAUAAUAGUCCAGCGUGUCGUUAUUUCAACAAACAUUUUACAAGUUAUUCGAUCAAUGCGGAUGAUACGGAGUCCGAGCUGGCAGCGAUUCCUGAGAGCCCAAAAUCUGACAGCACCUUACAUGGCAGUAGUGGAGGAUCCCUUGGGGAAUUAGAAGAAACAAUUCCCAGAAAUGCAUCUCUUCAAGAACCACAUAUGUCGAUUGUGUUGGAUGGGACAGUUGAACCAAACAAUCGAAAUAUUAAUAAGCCAAAAGCAGAAUCCGUGACGAAGCCUAUAUGGUUCUUAGGUGGAAAUGAAGAUGAAGUUAAUCAAGGAAAUAAAAGCGGCUCUCAAAAGAAAUGGAGCGUAUAUGAAGGAGUGAAAAUGAUGGUAACAAGCACAUUUCUCACUGGACAACAAGAGCCUCCAAGAUUUUUCCCUAAAACAGCUAUGCCAACAAAAAAUAGCAAAGGACAUUUACCUUACAACGGAGACACAUCGAAAACAUACGAUUUAUCGAGUGCUUUAACACUUGCUACCAGCAUAUCUCAUAUUCAAAAACCUGAAUUACCAAAGAUAAAGGAUAAGGAGGUAGAAAAGAAUAAGGGAAAGGAGAAAGAAAAGGAAAAGGAGAAAGAGAAAGAAACUGAAAAGGAAAAAGAGAUGGAAGAAAUGGAAGAGGAGAAACAAAAAGAAAAGGAGAAAGAAAAAGCGCUCGUUAAAACUGUUGGUAUCAAUAAUAUCGAGCCUCUGAACGCUAAACAUUUAGGUAGACAGAAACACGUGGAACAGAUCACAAUUACAGCAACAUCGCCGAUUUCACCUUGCCAAGUAAUUACAGUGACAAACAGCGAUAAUUCGAGUUCACCGGCAUUGAGUUCUUCUAUAUCAUCGCAAAUCAUAAGUACAGAGAAUGGACAGCAAAUAGGUGAUCCUCCUAUUGGUCUGCAACCGUUAAUGACUACUCCGACCGUUGAACGAUUGCUUCCCAUCGGUACAAUAGCUCGAGCGACUGGAUCACGAACUGCGCAACGUGUAUUAAGAUGCGAAGAUACAUAUGGCUCUCCAGAAUCACCAUUGUCAAAAAUGGACAUUUUGACAGUCAGUUCCUCAUUUGAACAAGACAGCGAAACUUGUAUGUCCAGUGAUAUUACGAGUCCGCAUAGCGUUUCCCAGCUGGAAUUUCCAACGCCGGAACGAUUAUUGCCGGUUGGGCCUCAAAGAGAUUUCCCCAGCUUAGUCGAGCGAGUACGUCAAGCUCUCGAUAUUUCAGAUAUCCAAGAUACAAAUAAUAAGUUGAACGAAGAUGUAAAACGUGACAUCCAUGGUAUGACACUCAUGAAACAGGAUAGUGGAGCAUCUGAUAAUGUGUCAACAUCACUCGUACCAACGUGCAAUGAAAUUAAUUCGAGUAGAUCGCCAAGUCCGAGAAGACUAAUUAAACAGGUGGCUUUGGAAUCGUCUCCUCCAGCGAUCGAUCCUGGAGAUUUCGUUUUGAAAAUAGCAGAUCAUGAUCAGAAGAUUAAGUCGAAGGAUCAAUUUCGAAUUCAACGUGACAGAGCACGGAAGAUCACCGCUAUAACGGAUCAAGAUAUGAUUACUCACGCGAGACGAAUGGAAUCCUGGUCUGGCCCACAAGUCCAACAAAAUUUAGAUUUUGUCUCUCAACAAGCGUACCAUGCGGAUUUUAAUUUAAAGCAAAGUUUAUUUCGCAUUGGCGAUGAUUGCAUUUACGAUAGAUGUUCGGAGUGCGGAACGAUAAGAGAAGAAUAUUCUGAUGAAGAACUUGGAUUGUGUAUAAUAACUUUGGGAACGUUUAUUCAUCGAGAGCCAUCCCUAGCGGCACCGUUAUUACCGGAAAUACUCGGUGUGGUUACCAAGGUUGCUCUUAAUGCAAUGUAUCCCUGGCAAAGCGAAACAAAUAUGCAUCUUCCAGGUGGUGCAGUCAGCGUAGCGCACCAAUUUCUCAGAUGUGUUCUUCAUCAAUUAGCACCUAAUGGAGUAUUUAUGCAAAUGUUUCAGACUCAUUUAAAUGAAACGACAAGGUUGCAAUUUUUCAAAAGCGUUGCGCAAGCUUUAGUCGAUUUUAAUGAAUUAAAUCCAAUCGCACCAUUGCAAUUGUUGCUUGAGACGUUAAACAUGAAAAAGUCGUUGCCACUAGAACGGCUACCAAUUAUAUUAUAUAAUAUAGCAUGUUACUUGGACUGUUUGCCAUUGGAAGCAGGAUUGGGUCCUGCUGCGGCUACAUGGAGUGGAUUAUUGACACAAUUUGAUGGAUUAUUUCGAAGACUCGUUCUUAUGCUUCCUUCCAUCGAGGAUAUUACUCCUCUCUUACGAAUUAUGAUUUCAAUAUUAAAAGUUCCAGGGAUUCAACAAUCGAAGGGAAUGCUGGAUCCAUUCUCCAAAAUAUUAAGUUAUGCUAUACAAAACUCAACAUUGCAAUAUAAUUAUUUAACGGACUUGUGCUAUUUAUGUCAUAGAGGAUUUACUCGUGAUCGUGACAAACAUUUUUUUGGAAGGACGAUUGUAUUCGAAUUAAUUCAGGCCAUCAAAUUUAAAAUUACAAUACCGGACUCCAACUUUUUAUUAUUGCUUCAAUUUGUGCUCCAAGAUAUUGGAGGAUCUUUGCCUAAUAGUGUCGUUGCAAUGGAAAAUAAUAUUCAGACAGACAUGUCGCCGAUCUAUAAUACGAAUGCCUCUGAAUCUUUAAAGAAUCAGUUAUCGGAUGUCCUCGAAUUUUUAACUGAUUUUCAUACUUUAAGUAAAAUCAAGAGUUAUAACAAAGGUAUGCAAGCAGGAUUAAACGAGGACACGAUAGGCGGGAUGUUAAAGUGUGGCCUUGCUCAAUACGUAGCUUUAGAAAUUACGAGAGGCAACAAUAGAGAGAACAGAGCCGUAGCACGUUACUUACCAUGGUUAUACACCGUACCAUCUAUACAACAAGGAGCUCGCGAAUACGUCGAUUGUAUUGGCCACAUCAGACUCUUAUCCUGGCUGUUACUGGGAUCACUUACGCAUAUAGCAAUGUAUACUGGCAACAAUAACAGUCAUUCUCAUUCAACGGUACCGUUGGCGCAACCGAUACCUCAAGAAGUAUCUUGCCACAUCGCAGAUCACAUACAAGUCAUUUUCUCGGGGUUUCCUGAACAAUCAAAAACCUCGGUCCUUCACAUGUCCUCGCUCUUCCACGCGUUUAUUCUUUGCCAACUUUGGACAAUGUAUUUGGAAGAAAUGUCUAAGAAUAACGUAACAAACAGCGAGAGCCACAAUGUUACCAUGAAUAUCUUAUUAGAAUUUUGGGGAAAGAUAACGCCAUGCAUUUUGCAACUCGUUUCAUAUUCGAAAGCUCUCUCUGAAAUGCUUAACUUACAUUUCUUAAGCUUGUUAGAGGCCUUAUUAGAAUGCGGAUCAAUCUUGUUGAGCAAAUUACUACCUCUAUGGAAUGCUAUAUUAUUUUCUCAUCAUGUUCAACUACCAGGACAUUUACAAAUGCGGUUGCAAAAUUGCCGCGAUUUUCCACCGAAUAAAAUGGCGGAAAAUUUCGUUACUAAUAGAAGAGAAUCAAACGCGAUACUUUUACGAUGGUUACAUCGUUUACAGUUUAAGAUGGGCCAAAUAGAAAUGCAAUCUUCUACCGCCACGCAAUUCUAUUCCAUUUAAAAAAAGAAGAAAUUUAAA